UGGGGCUUUGCUAAAGUAGCGCAAGAUUUUACGAACCGGUCACUUCUAACCUACGAUCAUUAUCUCCCAGCAGAAACAAUAAAGGUUGUGUUGGAGAUUGAGAUCAACAUUAACUGCCGUCAUAUACGCAAAGAAAAUUCUAUCAAGAGAUUGUCAUAUGAAGGAGCAAAGGAAGCCCUGAUGGCUGUACCCACCAAAUGAUGAAAAAUGGGGCCAUUAAAAGUACUAUGUAUAUGUUUGUUGUUGAGUUGUCGAGACUUCAAUGACUGAUGACUGUCUCCACUAAAUCAGCUAUCCAAAAUCACAUACUAGUGAAAGAACUCAUUGAAGAUAUCCUUAGAGCAACGCUUGUUUCCAGAUCAAAAUCAGCAGUUUGAUUAAUCUUCAUGAACUAGACGCUUAGAUGGCUGCAGGAGGACCACAGGGACACACGCCCCCUGAUGGAGGUUGGGGUUGGGUCGUGGUGUUUGGAGCAUUCAUUUCCAUUGGGUUUUCUUAUGCUUUCCCUAAAGCUAUCACUGUGUUCUUCAAGGAAAUUCAGGAGAUAUUUGGUACCACGUACAGUGAGAUAGCAUGGAUUUCAUCCAUCAUGCUAGCUGUCAUGUAUGCAGGAGGUCCCAUCAGCAGUAUCCUGGUGAAUAAGUAUGGAAGUCGGCCAGUGAUGAUAAUAGGAGGCUUCCUGUGUUCCGCUGGAAUGAUCAGUGCUUCAUUUUCUAACAGUGUUUUGCAACUAUAUAUAUGUAUUGGAGUCAUUGGAGGUUUUGGCUUAGCAUUCAACUUGCAGCCUGCACUGACAAUGAUUGGGAGGUAUUUCUUUAAGAAGCGUCCUAUAGCAAAUGGUCUAGCAAUGGCUGGAAGCCCAGUGUUCCUCAGCACCCUAGCACCUCUCAACCAGUUUCUUUUCAAUAUGUUUGGAUGGAGAGGAAGCUUUCUUAUUCUAGGAGGCCUCCUACUGAACUGCUGUGUUGCUGGAUCCCUCAUGAGGCCUGCAAGCACCAGUCCAAAGCCCGCUAGCAAAAAUGACCUGGAGUCUGCAGUUCAUGGUUCUGAUGCAGAUUCAAAGAAAAAGAAACAAUCAUCAACAUUUGAGAUCAUCAAUAAAUACUUAGAUGUCAGUUUAUUCAAACACAGAGGAUUUCUUGUUUACUUGUCAGGAAAUGUCAUCAUGUUUGUUGGGUUCUUUGCACCUAUUGUCUUCUUGGCUCCUUAUGCAAAACACAAAGGAAUUGAUGAAUACUCUGCGGCAUUCCUGCUUUCUAUCUUAGCAUUUGUGGAUAUGUUUGCCAGACCUUCAAUGGGACUUUUAGCCAAUUCAAAAUGGGUCAGACCAAAGAUUCAGUACUUCUUCAGUUUUGCAGUAAUGUACAAUGGUAUCUGCCAUGUGAUGUGCCCCUUUGCAGAGGAUUAUACUGGAUUAGUAGUGUACUCUGUUUUCUUUGGCUUUGCCUUUGGAAUGGUUAGCAGUGUUUUGUUUGAAACACUGAUGGACAUUGUUGGUGCCCAAAGGUUCUCCAGUGCUGUUGGUCUUGUUACCAUUGUUGAAUGCUGCCCAGUACUGCUGGGACCACCAUUAGGAGGGUGGCUGGUAGAUGUAACUGGUGACUACAGGUAUAUGUACCUUGUAUGUGGUGCUAUUGUUAUAGUCGCAAGUAUAUGGCUUUUCAUUGGGAAUGCCAUCAAUUACAGACUGUUGGAAAAGGAGAAGAAGGCAGAAGAUGCGGAAACAAAAUCAGCAAUGAGUGAUUCAAAGGAAUCUGAACCCUUGUCAAACAAUGAAGCUGCAAAACUUGCUGUUACAAAUAAUGUAACAGAAGAUCAGUCAGAAAGAGAAACAGAUAUUUAAUAUGGACAGUCUAAUUUAAUUCUUUUCAUCUAAAAAUUAUGCCCAUGAAGUAUGUUUCUAUCAUCUGUCCACAUAAUUCCUUCUGUGAGAUACUGUAUUGAGCUACAUUCUCAGUAUAGUGAUUUUGUGAUAUCAAAUACUAUUCUUUUUCGUGUUCUGUUGACAUACUUUAUGUAAUACUGAGGGCAUUUUUAAAAACAUGAUACUGCUGAUACUAAUCUAAUCUAGUUUUCAUUUAGUUCAUGGUUAAUGGAUCAAAGCAGCAGUUGUCAGCUCCCAAACUCAUUGGAACAGGUCUGUUAACUUCAGCACUGAUCAAAAAUGAAGAAGAAUACACAAUGUCUCACACCUCUGCAUAUACAAAUUGGUUCAAACUUGGGGAUAAAAGAGGAACACUUGCUGUUCUCAAAGUUCAAUCAGCAUGGAGUUCACUCUAAGGAAACAGGUGCAAACCAGGCACUGACAGCUUUGCCUCAGUGUUUCAAUACUAGAUGAAAGCUGCAGCUAGAUAAAGCCUUUCCAUGUGCUAAUAUAAUAUUUGAAAUAUUUCACUUCCCAGAGUUGGUUGCAAGGAGAUUAAGAAAUGGGCAUAGAAAUAUGAAAUAUUGUUGACUGAAGAAAGAUUUGUUUUCUUGCAGUUUUCUUUUGUAAUUAAAAUAGAAGUACAUAAGUAUCAGUCAGUAACGAAAUGUCAUGCAGGCUGCACUUUUAAACUACAUAUUAACAAGUGUUAUAUGAUGCUAGAAAAGCAUUUAGAAUUAAGAUGUAUGCACUAUAAAUUGAAAUAUAGCAAUGCACUGUACUUUUCCUAAAGGCUACUUGAUUGAAGGCAUGGUAAAAUACUGAAACUUGCCAUUUUUAAAUUGUGCAGUGUUUUUAGGUUACACUGUAACUGAAAACUGAACACUGGAAAUAAAUAAUUCAAAACAUGUAUUUUAA